GAUUGGAGUGCAUGCUGAUCCAAGGAGAGAUUUGCAAUAUAUAUAACAUCUAUAUAUGUUCUAGGAAUGGAUGAAGUGCAGAGGGUCACAGAGUAAAGAUUUCCUGGGUGUUGCAAACCCCCCCUCUCUGGCCAGCAGCAUGCCAGGUUUGCAGACUCAGGAUUUGCAGUGAGUGCUUGCUACUAAAUGCAUGGAUCCUAAAGGCGACCAGUGUCGGGACUGAAGACAGCGGUGAGACUGAGACCGUCUGGGGAGGCGAAGCGCAGACAGAUGCAUAUUGCAGCACCAGGGGCUCCCAUCAGCCGCCAGGCUCUGUGCAAACGCUGCCACUGAGGACGACAAUCAAAGGAACACUUGUCGUGCAGAUCUGAUCGCCUGGCACAACACCUGGCACCUGAGUGCCAGCAUCUACAGAUCUCCGUAAUUGAUGCACUACCUCCUGCCACAAGAUUUCUAUUACGGCCUGUCAAUAGGAGAUCAAUGAGCCUCCUCCAUCCUGUUGCUGUACGGUCUCACCUCCUCCCUGCAAGUUAAUUACCCGAGCAGACUUGUUCCCAUGAAACCAGCGUCAGCUCCACGGCGCUAGAGGUGUGAAAUAGGUCAAAAUGAGUGGACUUGGGGACAGUUCCAACGACCCUGCUAGCCAGGAGCGCAAGAGGAAAGCUUCGCCAUGUGACGCCAUGCAGAACAAUGAAAAGCGUCGGCGAGAGCAAGAAAACAAAUACCUGGAGGAGCUGGCUGAGCUGCUCUCUGCAAAUAUCGGGGAUAUAGACAACUUCAGCGUCAAACCGGACAAAUGCAAGAUCCUGAUCAAGCGGAUGGACCAGAUCCAACAGCUGAAGAAGAAAAAGCAAGAGAAAGCUCCGGGUGCCGAUGACGACGUCCAGAAAUCUGACAUCUCCUCCAGCAGCGGGGGUGUGAUCGAGAAGGAGUCCUUGGGUCCUCUCCUCUUGGAGGCUCUGGACGGGUUUUUCUUUGUCGUGAACCAAGAAGGUCGGAUUGUCUUUGUCUCGGAAAACGUCACCAACUACCUGGGAUACAAGCAAGAGGAGCUUAUGAAGGAUAGCGUGUACAGCAUUCUGCAUGUGGGGGACCACGAGCAGUUUGUCAAAAAUCUGCUCCCCAAAUCUCUAGUUAACGGAGUCCCAUGGUCCCAAGAAGCCAACCGGCGGAACAGCCACACGUUAAACUGUAGGAUGCUGAUCCGGCCGCCUGACGACGCAGACGCAGAGAACCAAGAGGCCCGGCAACGGUACGAAGUGAUGCAGUGCUUUACUGUGUCCCAGCCGAAAUCCUUCAAGGAGGAAGGAGAAGAUUUCCAGUCCUGCCUCAUUUGCAUUGCCCGGAGAUUACCUCGCCAAGCACCUAUCACCUCGCUGGAAUCCUUCAUCACAAAGCAAGAUGCUACAGGAAAAAUCAUCUCCAUUGAUACAAGCUCUCUUCGAGCCUCAGGCAGCACGGGCUGGGAAGACUUGGUCAGGAAAUGUAUUUACUCCUUCUUUCAGGCUCAGGGCACCGAACCAUCUUACGCCAAACAGUUGUUCCAAGAAGUGAUGAUGAGGGGGACGGCCUGCAGUCCAUCUUAUAAAUUCACGCUGAGCGAUGGGACGGAACUGAGUGCUCACACCAAGUGCAAAUUAUGCUACCCGCAGAGUCCAGACAUGCAGCCCUUCGUCAUGGGCAUCCAUAUAAUCGAAAGGGAUCAAAGCUCUCUUUGUACACAAGACAACACUAACUCAGGAAUGUCACUACCCCGACUCAGUCCCUCAGUUAACUCUACCAUCUCGCCAGCUCCAGGGAUGCCCUUCUCUUGUACCACCUCCCCAUCCAGUGGCAGCAUGCUGACCUCCAGUUCAAACCAGCAGGCAGUCACUGGCCUGCAUAACAUCAGCAGUUCCAACACCAGCCAAGCAAACUAUGGAUGCUCUCCUGGAGGUCAGAUCGGUACCAAUGUUGCCUUAAAUGUGGGACAGGCUGGACCCCAGAACAAUAACAAUCUAAACCUCAAUAGUUCUCCCAUGAGCAGUCCAGGGAUCAGUCCUCCUCAGUUCAUGUCCCCAAGGCCCCGGAGUAGUCCAGGGUUGGUGCCCCGGCCUAGAGCUUCAGGUAAUCCCUUUUCCCCCACAAUGCCCACCAUGCACUCCCCUGGUGGUAUCUCAAGCAGUGGUUGUAACAACAAUAACAGGCCAUUCUCCAAUGUCCCCACAAACUCUAUGCCAAUGCUGAAUGAAGGACCUAUGACCCCUGUAGGGUUUUCCUCCCCAUCCCCGGGCAUGGCGGGCGGGGGUUGCACCAACAACAAUGGUAGACUCUUUUCUAAUAACCCAAUGAAUCCUCCUGUUCAGGCCAUUAGCGAAGGACCUCAUAACCAGGCCACAUAUUCUAGGACGUCUCCUGUUCUGCGGCAAGUCGGAUCUCAGAGUUCCCCUGGGAGGCACAAUAUGCAGCCCGUGAAAAUGGAGCCCAAGGAGAACAGUACUGGGAAUAAUAACGACAGUAGGGGAGGGGAUGGAGACAGCAAAAGCUCACUGUCUGCUUCAAGUCAAAAACUGGUCAAACUUUUGACGUCGACGGCGGAAAGCAAGUUGCGGGAUGGGGAGCCCCUAACUUGCCCCGUGGUCUCCAAUUCUGGCUGCGGAAGUUCAGUCAGUGGGACGUGCCCCUCGUCUCACAGCUCCCUGACCGAGAGGCAUAAGAUUUUACAUCGGCUUCUUCAGGAGGGGAGCCCUUCCGACAUCACUCUGUCUAUGGACCACGACAAGAAAAGCUCUGGGUCUGGCAGUUGUCAGACUCGGGGGAGCACGUCGGAGAUAAAAAUGGAGCCUUAUGGUGACAAGAAAAGGGACUCCAAAGAUCAGCUUAUACGGGACCUGCUGGAUAAGGAUGAGAAGGAAGUGAGGCCCUCCCCUUCUCUGAGUCUGGAUGAUGUGAAAGUAAAAAUGGAGAACAUGGAGGCAGUCAAUCAGUGCAGUUCUGCUCCUUCCACCGCCAUGGCAAAGUCCAACCAAGAAGACAUAAAACUGGAGUCACAAAACCAGUUCUCGGCGGAGUUUGACCGGCUGGACCAGCUGCUGCCUACACUGGAGAAAGAGGAACGGCUGCCCGGAUAUGGGGCUUCUGACCGGACAGAAGCUGGGCUAGGCAUGAAGCCCAAGAUAUUGCCGACGUCUCUGCAAACAGGCACGGUGGCCAGGACGCCCACAGGACUGAACAAUUUUAACGGCAUCAACCCGAGUCAGUCCCCAUUUGUAUUCUGUGACUCACUAGAUCCAGACCUGAACCCCUUCCCUGCACCAACUGACACCAGCCCUCGAUCAGGGCUGACGCCGGAGCAUGGCCGUGGAGCGAUGACAGGGGCUUCGCCCUUUCAGACAGAUCCUGGCCUGCCGGACUCCGACCUGGGAAUCGCAGACCAGUUUGGACAGUCGGAAAUUGGUGACCAGAUGCCCUGGUCGGAUAGCUUAACGUUACUGAACCGCGUGGCCCCAAGUGCCCGAGACGAGAUUGAUGACUUUCUGUGCCCCCCAACCACCAUGGAGGGACAGAAUGACGAGAAGAUCUUACUGGAGCAGCUGGUGUCCUACCUCAAUGGCAAAGAUGAGAAUGAACUGGCUGAGUUAGACCGAGCCCUAGGGAUAGACAAGCUGGUUCAGGGAGGUGGCCUGGACGUGGUCAAUGACAGGUUCUCCCAGCAGCCCUCUGUAGCUCCAGUCCUAAUGGAACAGAAGCCUGGAUUGUAUCAGCAGCCCUAUCCCUCUGGCUCCCACAACCCCGGCCUCUCCGGACCCUUCUCCAGCAUGGUCAGACAGAAGACCACAUUUGGGCCUGUGCAAGUUCAGGUGCCACCUCUUCAGCAGCGAGGGUCCUAUCCAAAUAGCAUGAACAUGCAACCUCGGCAAACGCUGGCCCGGCCAGGGACGGCCUCCAACCAGCUCCGUCUGCAGCUGCAGCAGCGGUUACAGGGACAGCAGCAGAUUGUACACCAGAAUCGGCAAGCCAUACUCAGUCAGUUUGGUGUCGGAAACGCGGUUCCCAUGGUGAUGAGACCGGGCAUGCAACAAGCCAUCGCACCCCAGCCUCCGCUAAAUGCUCAGAUGCUCGCUCAGCGACAACGGGAACUGUACAGCCAGCAGCACCGGCAGCAGCAACUCAUGCAGCAGAGAGCCUUACUGAUGAGGCAGCAGAGCUUCGGGAACAGCCACCCGGGGGCAGCGGGUCUCCCCGUCACUAUGGGGGCCGCCAGGCUCCCACAAGGCCCCCCACAGCAGUUCCCUUACCCCCACAGCUAUGGUACAAACCCAGGGAACCCACCUCCGUCAACCAGCCCCUUCUCACCUUUAGCCACGACCCCAGAGGCCUCACUGCCAAACCGCGGAGGGGCCAGCCGAGGCGGUAUGGUGAACAGAGGCAUGAUGGGAAAUGUCACAGGGCAGUUCGGCUCUGGGAUGAAUCCUCAGAUGCAGCAAAAUGUCUUUCAGUACUCGACGACAGGUAUUAGCCAGCAGGGGGAUCCAUCCUUCGCACCAUCUCUGAGCCCCACCAGUCCCUUGAUGUCCCCUCGCAUCACCCCUUCCCAGAGCCCCAUGCUCCAGCAGACGCCGUCCACCCCUGGGUACCAGUCACCUGACCUGAAGAGCUGGCAGCAGAGCACGAUGGGAAGCUCAAGCGUCUUUGGGCAGGCGGGACAGACCCAGUCCGCACCAGGCCAGCAAGGAAUGUACAACAACAUGAGCAUCACUGUGUCUAUGGGAGGAGGCAACUCCGGGGUGCAGAAUGUCAACCAGAUGACAGGGCAGGUGCAGAUGAGUUCCCUGCCGAUGCAGACCAUGAGCGGAAUGUGCACGGAUCAGCAGGUGAACGAUCCAUCCCUGAGGCCCGGCGGACUUUACUGCAACCAACUCUCCUCAACAGAUCUGCUCAAAACGGACCCAGACACGGGGCAGCAGGUACAGCAAGUGCAGGUGUUUGCAGAUGUCCAGUGCACAGUGAACCUCGUGGGCGGGGAUCCGUAUCUGAACCAAUCAGGAUCGAUGAACACACAGAAGAACACGCCCGGAUCCCAGACGCCUCAGUCUCAGCAGAAGAGCCUCUUGCAGCAGCUGCUCACUGAAUGACAGCUUGUCCAGAUCAGGGCUUGUGACCACGACAGAGAUGCAACGAGUAACACAGACGCUUCAUAGAAGUACACAUAUAUAUAUGCAACGUAUAUAUGUCCUCUAUUUUUGCAGACAUGUUGGAUUAUCUCUUUAAACUGCAGCCAUCCCUGCGAGUCGGAAGACUGCCAAGUAAGGAUGAUGUUGUUGACUGUCAGAAACGGAGAGGAGGAAAAAAAAAAAAAAAAGAGACAAUGUUUGUCGGGUGGAAUUUUUUUUUCCAAUCCCCCUUAAGCCCCUUGCCCUCUUUGAAUGGCGCUUAAAUGGCGUUGGACGAUUGGAGAGAGCUGCAGGGCCGGACAAUCGGACCAAUGGUCCCCUUUCGAGCCAAAUGACAGAUGAAACUUAUUUUUGUACGCAGUUGCUGUGAUGACACUGAACGGAACGGGCGCUAUUUUUUUUUUUUUUUCUGGCGCCCGGAUAGAAUGUCGCAGAAUGUCAGUUUCAGCUGGUUCUGUCACUGAUGUGGAACCCGAGGAUGAGAAGAGAGGAGGGUUCUGGGUAAUUUACGGGUGGUGGGGAUUGGGGGGAAAAAAGAGAGAGAAAAGUAUAUAUAUAUAUUAUACCGAGGUAAAGCUCAUCUUUGUUGCAGCUAAGGUGCAUUUGUAGAGCUAUUUCUGGCUUGUAUGUACAAUCAUGUUUUUUAAGUGUGAGGCCUGCUUUGCGCACCUUUUUAGCGCGUUUUAUACCCCUUCGUGCUGCUGGAGCAGCGGACAUGGCAGCCUGCGCAAUCUCCUGACGUUUGACAAAUCUCUUGGAAAGACGGUGAAAAUCUUUUCUUGGCUGCAAAAAAUCACGGAGUUCAUUUAAAGUGAUUUUUCUGUUCAAUUUUCUGCCCAUGGCUGUAUACAGGAAGGAAGUCAGUGAGAUUUACCUGUGGGCGGCCUCCGAUGCUCUGUCAGCCCUUCACCUCUCGCUAUGUAAAUUGGUAUUCAGACACUGACCAACGUGGACCCUGCCACAGUACCUCAGCAAAGCCCACGAAAGCCAACUGCAGUUUUUGUAGCCUACUGAGGUAGGCCAAAGCCCACAUUAAAGUAUGACCCACCGGGCAUCGGACCAUGACAUCCUGUAGGUGGGCGUCCAUAUCCUAUAAUGCUGAAUAUCACACGUCAGCCCUAAGUACAUCCUGAUAGAAUUUAGCGCAUAGUAGGAGCACACAUACGGGGUCCUGCUGAUUUGGGAUCUAUAAAGUUGGAUAUCUGUGAAAACGGACUGGAAUGUUUGAUGGGAAUUGGCAAAUUCCAGGAGAGCCGCCAUAGAUUGUGUCUCAUGACAAGCUCGUAAGCAUUCAAUGGGCCACCACCAAAUGUCAUCUCUGAUCAACUCCACUUUCUUUACCUUUCUGAAUUUCAGUAUUGCAACACAAUUUCCAUACGAUAUGAUCUCCCGGUGAUUCAUUCCAUAGAUAAAAAGGCCACAAAAAUGUACCAAAUGACACCAAAAUGUCCGAAAGACCAGCCAGAUGCCCUGGGUCACACCUAGAAUAGUAGGUGACGGUAGAGCUGCAGCGGCUCACCGGUUGCCUUCAGAAUUUGCCUACUUCCGUUGGCAUAAUUAAUUAUUUUAUUUUUUUUAAUUUCAAAAAUGAGUUUUGAAAAUAUUUUUUUCAAAAAUAUUUCUAGUUAAUUUGCCCAGUGAAAAUCAUGAAGCACCUUACCACCCUCCAUUAACGAGAGCUAACGCCUAUAUUAAACAGGAAGCCUAAUUUUGAGUACCUCAACCCAACGUAGUUAUCCAAAUCAUAAUUAAUCAAUCAAACUACCAAACCCCCUCCCCCCCAAAAAAAAGAAAGAAAGACAUCUGGAAAUACUUCUUGCCUUCACCAGAUGUGACCCAGUGCCCAUGGCAGGAGUGGUUUCCCCCUAUACACCCCCAUAACAGCUUUGUUAGUUCCAAGUCAGGGACAAACGGAUGUUGAGGCCAUGAAUUCCCCAUCGCAAUGGGGAAGCCGCAUCUAUGGUCUUCUUUAGAACAAUAAAUCUGACUCGUGGGAUAGAAAUGUCGGCUGCUGAGGUGUGGCUGGGCCGUCGCUGGAAGCGGGCUGCAUUCUAUGGAACAAAUGACUAUACAGCUGAUUCUCUGACAUCUGGACACCCAGAAACAUUUCAUGAGGGGACAUCCGGGCCAUAGACUGCCAUAUGUGCACCAUCGGCCAUCUUGUUUCUGCUGCAGUGGAAACCUGUGCGGUGACUAUUCAAUGCCCGGUUCAUGCUAUGGACACACAGAUCAUACAGGCUGUAGGCAGCAGACCGUAUACUGGGCGAUCUUGGGAACUGUUUCUCUACAUUCGGCAAAAGGGAGUUAAAAAGGGCUCCAAAAAUCAAUAGAGCCCCUUGAAGGUAUAACUGCAGUCGCGCGAGAAGGGCUGAGCUGAGAAACGUACCUACAACCUGGUGUACAUACAGUCACCUAUACCCAUCGGCGCUAGCUGUGGGCCCAUUGCCAGUUUGGCCCGGCCGCUAUGCAUCCUGACCAUCACACGACGGAGUGGCUUGUCGUCUGUUGCCGCCAGCGGCGCUCAGACCUCUAGUAACCGCUUUCACCUGCUGCUAGGAUAUUGUAUACCCUCCAGACUCGCCAUUACUAAGUCCAUAACAAUGUAACCUAUACUCAGGAUAUUCCUACUGCCUGUACCGCGGUACCUGGCAGCAGGAAUCUGUAUAUUUUUAUGUUGCUUUUCUUAAGAACAGGGCCUUCGACUUUAUGUAUUUUUUUUUGUUUGGUUUGUAUUUUUAUGAUAGUUUUUUUUCCCCAUUUACAUGGAAGGAAAUCUCUAUUUACACUAGUAUUUUUUUUCUUUUCUUGUUUUUUUAAUUAGUUACAUUUCGGAGAGAGCAUAAAGGGCGUGUAAUAGUCAUUUUGUACAUGUUGUUUUUAUUCUGUGUAUUGAAUGUUCAGAGGCGCUGCCUUUUGUGGUUUCUGUUUCCCUGUAUUACAAAUGCUUACUACAUAUAUCAUCCCCAGUAGAAGAGGGGUGCGUACUGGGCUGGCCCUGUUGCCAGAGAGGGAACGGACAGGAGAUAUAUAAACUUCAGCACAAUUGUGCGCUUUACCUGUUUACAGGGGGAAGCAAAGUUUGGUGCAAGCUUGUCAGUUUACCAGAUUAUUUAUAUAUAUCAUCACAUUUCUGGUGUCCGAAAGGCUCUUCUUUGUAGACAGGUCUCACGAAAAUAUAUAGAAGUCUAUAUAAUGUCCCAUCUUUGGCAACAGAACAUAUAUAUACAGUACGCAUAUAAAGGGCAGCGCCUGUAACAGCGCUUUAGUAACUAACUUUGUUACAUUUGCUGCUGCAGAUAAAACAAUAGGCUUUAUAAAAUGCUCUGGAUACAAAUGCUUUAUAUAAUGCUCCAGCAACAACUACUUUAUAUAAUGCUCCGGAUACAACAACUUAUCGUUUUCCUUCUAUGUGGUGAGGCGCCUUUCACUUUAUCCAAAAACCUGACUUCUGAAACUUGUAAAAUAACCAGCAUGUCAAGAUGUUUUUUUUAUUUUACAGUGUUUUUUUUUAUUUUAUUAUUAUUUUAUUUGCUCUAGUAAAGGGCCCUUGUUUCCAAGUCCUACUGCUAAAUAUUAUACAAAAAUAAAAUAAAAAAAAGGAAUAGUAAAUACAAGGCCCAUACCUUUUAACAUUUCGGUAAAUUGCUAUAUACAAUUUUAUUCUUACAUUUUGAAUCAAGAUUCUUUAGCCAGCUGCUUUUUCGUAAUGUAAUAAGGUAUGAAGAUCAGUUUUGAUUAUUUUGUAUCGCUAUUGUUUCUUAAAAAAAAGAAAAAAAAGAAGAAAAAAAAAAAAAGAGUAAACAUCAGGAUUUUUCAUAUUACUCCCUUUAACAGGGGGGAAAAAAAAGUUACGCUUUUUUUUUUUCAGUUAAAUAAAAAUUUGUUCCCUUUAAAAAAAAAAAAGAAAAGAAAAUGUUUUAUAUUUUGUUUGAGAUAAACGCUGGCUACUAUUGUAAUGGACGAAGAUAAUUUAUUGUAAAAAAAAUUAAAAUAAAAUAAAAUGAAAAAAAUAAAUAACUGAUCUUGAUUUUAAUUUCCUAAGGAAAACUGCAUAGUGAAGCGGAAUUACAAAAAAAAAAUUCAAGGUUUUGCUUCUAUUUUUCUCUACGUAAACUUUGCUAGGAGUAAAGGAAAAAGAAUGUACUGUAAAAUGGAGAACUGAAUGAAACCAUACAUCUCUGGAUAUGUCUUGUGAGGUGUUUGCCGAUCAAUGGAUUUUUUUUUUUUUUUUUUUUUUUUAAGGUUUGCUCUAGAAAAUGACAACUCUACUUUACAGGACAGUGACUUCUCUAGAAGCUUGUAACAAUGCAUUCACGGAAGAGGCGAGAAUGUAAAGUGCCCUAUGAACUCACCGUUUUCCACAUACCUGUGGCAUGUUGCUAAAAACAGUCAUUUAGUUUGGAACACCUUCCCUGCCUGUACUGUUUUUGCAAACCCCACACCUUGCAGAUCCUCCAGGCAGUGAAGUGGUUAAAUAAUACUGCUUUGUGCUGUUUAUAUUAUUGGCUUGUUCAAUGUUUAAUUAUUCUGUUUAUUGUAAAUAAAGUAAUUUAAAAUUCUGA